AUGUCCACCGGUGGAUACAUCAAGCCGGAACGAAGUGCGACGGUGUGGUCCCCGUCGACUCAAAAGCGAUCGGGGGACCCACCAGCCACGAACUGUGCGUGUGAAGUGCACCCUCGAUUUGCACCUGGCCGAGAUGGCGGCGGCAUGCUGUGCUUUGUCUGCCAGCAGCCAGCACACAUGGCCCGGGAGUGUCCCAACAAAAAAGAUGGGGAUAGCGGCGAAACCAGCUGGAAGAAGGGCAAGAACGCCGUGAAGAGGUUCAAGGCGCGGAAACGCAAAGCAAAUAUGCAAGCGACGCGAAUGAAGAAGCCCCCAUCGCCCACCAUGGACUAUGAUGGACGCUGGGUGCGACUGAACAGUGUGCUGGAAAUUCCCUACUGCUCGGACACCGGCACAGACCAGAACAUUGUGCCACAACCCAUGGUGAAUGAACUUCAAGUGUUACAGCCGCAACUUCAAGUUGUCAAGUUGGCGGCGCCAUUUCUGCUGGACCAGUCAAGGUGCCAAGCAAGCGCCGCUGUUAAACCUUUUUUAUGUGUCAACGACGGAGAUGAGUUUCUCGUCUCGGAUGACACCCUCAAGACCAUUGGUAUCGACAUCGACCGCCUGUUGGAACCGGUGACGUGCCUACAAGUGGACGAAGACGGCGACGACCUGGAAGAAGUUGGUGGCGAUUGCAUGGAGUAG